AUGUCCGUCGAUUUCGACUAUAAAACGAGGCAGGUGAAUCGAACCAUUAUCAAACACAGCUCGCCCCUUCAAGCAGUAACAACUGUCCAACAACCAACCAACAAAACUAUCAACAUGAAAUUCUUCGCCGUCUGCUUCUUCGCUGUUGUGGCUGUCGCCGCUGCCAAGCCUGGAAUAUUGGCUGCUGCUCCUCUGGCCUACACUGCUCCAGCUGUCGUAGGUAGUGCCGCCUAUGUGGCUCCCUAUGCCUCCAGCUUCAACGCUCAUCAGGUGGCUCACAGUGCAGCCUUCCCAGCUGCCUACACCGCCCCGAUUGCCGCUCCUCUGGCCGCCGCUGCCUACACUGCUCCAGUUGCUGCCUACUCUGCAUACUCCGCUCCUCUGGCCGCUGCUUACACUUCUCCCUUGGCCUACUCUGCUCCUUUGACCGCUGCCUACACUGCUCCAGUAGCCCGUUAUGCCGCUGCUCCCAUCGCUGCUGCCGCUUACACCGCACCCAUUGCAGCUGCUCCCGUCCUCCUGAAGAAGUAA